GCCGCCAAGUGCGAAGAAGCUCCGCCACCGGACACAGUGGGUAACCGGCUGCCCAUAUAUGAAUCGCCGCAGGCUUUCUAUGUUUUUUCGGCAGCAUCUUUGUGAUUUUUUGUGCAUUCGUUCGUGAGUACUGAAGGAGUCGGUCUUUAAUUUGCGGUUGCCCUCGUUCGCCCUGCGUCCCAUGAAGCUGCACGUCAAACCAGACUUUACAGACAAGCCCCCAAGAUAUCAUUUGCUGCAGGUGAAAAUCUGGUGAACCUUGAGACCAAUAUGGGUCAUCCUCAACCCAAAGCUCAAGAGAGGGAGAAAUGGGGCAAUAAAGUGGAAUACAUCCUGGCAGUAGCUGGACACAUCAUUGGUCUGGGAAAUGUCUGGAGGUUUCCGUACCUUUGCUACAAAAACGGAGGAGGGGUUUUCCUCAUUCCUUAUGUUCUGUACUUGUUCACCUGUGGCAUUCCUCUCUUCUUCUUGGAGACAUCUUUGGGCCAGUACACCAGUCAGGGUGGAGUGACAUGUUGGAGAAAAAUAUGCCCUCUCUUUGAAGGCUUGGGCUAUGGAAGCCAAGUGGUGGUCCUGUACACUGGGGUGUAUUACAUCAUCAUACUGGCUUGGGCGUUCCUCUACCUGUUUUCCUCCUUCAGCUCCAAGCUUCCUUGGGCAAAUUGUCAAAACAGUUGGAACACAGAUGGCUGCUUUGUGUACAGCCAGAAUCAUACAUUCACUGAGCAACUCCAUGGAAAUACAACAUCAUCAGUCAUCGAGUUUUGGGAGAGAAGAAUAUUGGGCUUAUCUAGUGGUAUUGAAGAAAUUGGUAAUCUGCGGUGGGAUUUGACCCUUUGUCUGCUACUUGCCUGGGUAAUCUGUUACUUUUGCAUCUGGAAUGGAGUGAAGACCACAGGAAAGGUGGUCUACUUCACUGCCACAUUUCCAUAUCUGAUGCUGUUGGUGUUGCUAGUUCGUGGCCUUACAUUACCAGGAGCCAAAGAAGGAAUCAUGUUUUACCUCUACCCAGACCCAUCCCGCCUCACUGAUCCUGAGGUAUGGAUGGAUGCCGGUAGCCAAAUUUUCUACUCCUAUGGAGUUUGCACAGGUGUUUUGACAGCUUUGGGGAGUUACAACAAGUACACCAACAACUGCUACAGAGACUGUGUUUACCUGUGCCUGCUGAACAGUUUAACCAGCUUUGUGGCUGGCUUCGCUAUCUUUUCUGUGCUUGGUUUCAUGGCAUAUGAACAAGGCAUGGACAUCUCAAUGGUAGCUGAGUCAGGUCCUGGCCUGGCAUUCAUUGCUUAUCCUCGUGCAGUGGCCCUAAUGCCGGUUCCACAGCUCUGGGCAAUCUUCUUCUUCAUUAUGAUUAUCUUCUUGGGAUUAGAUAGUGAGUUUGUAUAUCAUGAGGCUUUGGUCACAGCGAUUUCUGACAUGUAUCCCUCCUUCUUUCAAAAUCCCUGCCGCCGUAAACUCCUUCUCCUCGCCAUUUGUGUGGGAAGUUUCCUCAUUGGCCUUGCGAUGGUUACACAGGGAGGCCUUUACGUUUUUCAGUUGUUUGACUACUACGCCUGUAGUGGAAUGACACUCCUGGUUUUUGCCAUUCUCCAGUCUGCCUGUGUAGGAUGGGUCUAUGGUGCAGAUCGUCAGUAUGAUAACAUAGAGGACAUGAUUGGCUAUCGGCCGUGGCCUUUCAUGAAAUAUUGUUGGCAGUACCUCACACCAGCUAUCUGCACUUGCACGUUGGUGUUUUCCUUGGUUAAGUAUACCCCACUCAAAUUCAACAACACCUAUGAGUACCCCUGGUGGGGCUACACCAUUGGUGGAUUCUUUACUCUCUCGUCAACACUCAUUGUUCCUCUGUGGAUGCUGUAUGCCAUGAUUGUCACUCCUGGCACACUGAGACAGAGAGUGAGACACCUCUGCACUCCGGCAAAGGACUUAUCCAGUGCAACUCCAAAGGUGGCUCUCAACCAUGAGGCAUUUCAGACGUUUACAGAGUUUUACACACUGCGCACGACUGACACUCCCAGACCACAGAACUCAACCAUUGUUUGAUCAUAAAGUUAAAGUAAAAAAGAAAAAAAAUCUUAAAUGGGAACAAGACACAAUGACAGAUGCAGAACCAAGCCAAAAUAACCUGCUAGUAUGGUUGCAAAAAGUUGUAUCAGGGACACUGGGAAAUGUGCGCCACAGACUAUAACAGCACAUGUUGCAUCAGUAAAGGUUAACAUAAUGAUUAAGACAUUUACUAUAAGAUCUUGGAGAUUUUUACAACUGUAUGUAGUGGAAUUACAGUUACAUCCAAAGCUUAAGAUAAUCUGAAGCUUUACAUUGUAUGUUUACAAAGUGCAACAGAAUAUAACGUAAUGCAUAAAUCUAAGCAAUGUCAUAUUUAGUGUGAUUGCCGUACAGAAAACCUAAAACCUACAUUUGAUAAAGAUAGAUCACACUGUCACCAUCACCAACCAACCUCCAAACACAAACACAGUCCUAAAUUAUUUAUUUUAUUUUGCCUUUAUUUUAUCAGGAUGUCCCAUUGAGAUUAAAAAAAAAUAAAUAAAUAAAUAAAAUACAACAUAUACAUAAUAUACGACAGCUGUUCAAACACAAAUGUGUCCCCUGGUCUAUAUUUGGUUUUGAAUCACUUAUAUUCUGUGUUCUCUUCUACAUAGCCUCAUGAAAUGGUUCUUAAGGAUUACACCAUAGCACAGACCCUGUUGAU